AUGUCUACUUACCUAUCUCACCUCACAGUCCUAGAACACAGUGCUUCUUCUUACCCAGACGAUCCGGUCUUUAGAGUGCCCCGAUCAGAUCUAUCAACUGGUCAGGUACAUGAUUGGUCGUCAAUAACUUACAGCAAGUUCAAGGAUGAUGUCGAGUUCACUGCUCAGUAUUGGCGUCACAUACUUGAGUCUGACGGCGUACCAGAGCAUUCUGUCAUAGGUUUAUGUAACUGCAGGCUACCGGGAAUGGCAUACCAGGAUGUUCUCCAUAUCUAUGGCCUUUCACGAGCUGGAUAUGUCCCUCAGCUCUUCAGCAUUCGUUUGCCAAAUCCUGACGUUGUACUUGAACUGCUCAAGAGGGCAGGCUCAAAAGCAUUGAUAUUGGAUUCCCAAUUCCAGUCAUCGACUGCAUCGUUCCCCCUUCCCGUCCAUCUGGCGGUCAAAAAGCGGGACAUGGCAUCUUUCGAAUAUAACCUUCCUCCCAUACGAGCCACCUCCAACCCUGACAAAGCGGUGUUUAUUUUCCAUACAAGUGGCUCUACGUCAGGCAGCCCCAAACUCGUCCCUUGUAAUGCUCGCUGGCUCGAUGCGAUUGUGGCGAAGGCUAAGGCGACAUGCACUCCCAUAAGUCCGUCCAGGCAAGAUGUUUCCGUUUGGAUGGGCAGCAUGUGUCACAUUGCUCAAACAUUCAUGCUCAUUGGCGCUUUGCAACAUGGGUCUUGCGUAAUUCAGCCGACAAAAAUUGGGUUUUCUUCAGAAGAAUUGAUCGAUAUGAUCCACCACUGCCAGCUCAAUCGCCUGAACCAGUUUUCCACAUUCCUUUCCAUUCACCUUCGCAACUCGCGGCAAAACCGCAAACUUCUAGGGUACCUCCAAAGUCUCGAUCAAAUCCUAAUCAGCGGAUUAUCAUUACCUCAGGAGGAUGAGGACUGGGCAUACAAAAACGGAUUGAACAUGAAGAACCUCUUCGGCAGCACCGAAUGUGGUGCGAUGCUCCUAUCUAUAGGUGGCAAAGGCCGGGAUGCAUCUCUUCUUCAUCCUAUACCGGGAACAUAUUACGGCUUUCUACCCAUUGAUACCGACACUCAGAUUGAGUCAGGGCACAAGACGUCAGCCCAGAUGUUGGAGCUUGUUAUUCUUUCCAGUUCUGGUGACUGCCCGGACGCGUCUUUGCGCGGUAACGACGGUCACUUCCACACCGGUGAUUUAUUCCAAGAAAUUAUGCCUGGAUCAUAUGCAUUCCGUGGUCGCAAUGAUGACUGGAUCAAGAGCGAAAAUAGCUUGCGGUGCGAUACAAAAGCGAUCGAAGAUAAUAUUCGAGCCACCUGCGGUGACCUCAUCGAAGAAUGCAUUGUCGUGGGAACCGGGCGUCCGUCACCCGCUCUUUUUGUUGAACCUGCUCCUGGUGUUGACCACGGGAAGCUCAAGCGGGACAUCAUCCGCAAAACUCGCCAAUUUCACUCCCGGCGCUACCUUCAUGAGCAGAUCACGAACCCGAAUUUGAUUGUUGUGGUGCCUUCGGGAUCCCUUCCUCGCACUGCAACUAAAGGCAACAUUCGGCGUAAGGCUGUUGAGGACGCAUACCAAGCCGAACUCGACAAGAUCUACGCCUCUCUGCAGUAA